AUGGCGACGACACCUCGCGCAACCCAACGCUUCUCGGUGCAGACCAAUGCAAGUUCCUCGUCUACCUCGUCACACCUGUCCGCACAGCACGCAGCAAUGCCAGACCCGGGAUCAGCAGCCUCCUACUCGUUCGCAUCUGGUUCUGACAGUUUACCGCCGGCGUUUUCGUCGCGUCGAACGUCAACGAGUGUGCUUUCGAGUUCUGCUUCUUCGUCGCAUCAAACCGCGCUGUUUUCCAACCCAACGGGGGUGAAUAGAAACACCUUUCCGACGACAUCUAGGAAUGCUUCUGCGACCAGUGUGGGGGGUGGUUCGAGUUUUGCCGGAAGGAUCGCGUCCUUCACAUCGUCCGGCGUUGAUGAGGGGAAUACGUCGUACACCUCUAGCAUCAACACCCUUGCUCGCGGGCCGGAUAUCCUCGAACGACCUAGGGAUAAACUUCGAUCCUCCGAAAUUAACCUCUCCUCCCUCUCCUUCCUCUUCUCCGAAAUCGUUUCCUACACGCAGAAUCGAGUGACGGGAAUCACGGAACUCGAGAAAAGACUUUCCCUCAUAGGCUAUGCGAUCGGACAACGAGUGCUCUCCCUAACGCUGCACAGGCAGGAGAUGACGUCCAACCCGAAGAAUCCGCGCAGAGAAACGCGUUUGCUCCCCGUACUGCUAUGGAUCCACACGGGGUUUUGGAAAGCCGCCUUUGGAAAACCCGCCGAUAGUCUAGAGAGGAGUACGGAAGAGGGAAGAGGGGAUGAGUACAUGAUCAGCACCAACGCACCGGUGUUUGGGAGGUUGAUCGAGGUACCGAGGGAUAUGAGCUCGUUGAGCGUCGAGGCGAUUACGGCAGGGAUGGUGGAGGCGGCAUUGGACGGGUUGGGUUUCGCGGCGAGGGUGACGGCGCACAGUGUGGGGACGAAGGAGUGGCCGGGGAGGACAACGAUCUUGAUCAAGCUCGAUAGAAGCGUCAUGGAGAGGGAGGAGGCAUUGGCUUCUGCUUGA